UCGCUGGUUCCGGAAAACACCCUUAUUCAGUAGGGGGUCGAAGAGAGAUGUUAAGCAGAGGGAUUAGAAAAGUAACGACAGGUCAGAACAUGGGGGGUGGGAAAUGCAAUCCUCAGAUAAACAAUCAACAAAGGGUCUUUUGUGGAUCUGAAGUGUAACGCGACACAUGAUUGUCGUUUGGUAGGAUUUCCUGAAAUUUUUCGACGCAUAUCUGCUCCUAUCGCAACCGAAUAAAUAUUUGAACGAUUCAAAAUGGGGAGUCAGGACAAAAUGGAAACGAUCGAGGCCGUUACUUAUGUUUUUUCCAUCGACGGGCCAACAGGGAAGGACAAGGAAGUUGCCGAAAACGAAAAAAAGAUGAGGGUGUGGCAAAUCCUACCCUCCGUUUGUGCAUCAAUGUGCGUUAUACCAUAUGGAUUGAUGUUGGGAUGGCCGUCUCCUACAUAUCCUAUGCUUCUAAAGCCAGACUCACCCAUUUUUAUCAGCUACGAUCAAAGUGCCAUAAUAGCCGGUUUUCUGAUGAUCGGAAAUUUCUUGGGUACACCGAUUUCAACGAAAACUAUCGUAGCACCGAGAUACGGAAUUCUCAUAGGCAUCGCAUUCAUGACGAGUGGCUGGUUCGUGAUGUGGCAAGCUAGAGACUUCUUCUGGCUGCUGGCCAGCAGAAUCCUGGUAGGCUUCGGCAACGGCUACGGCACCGGACAGCUCAAAUUGUACAUCGCCCAAAUAUGCGACGACGACCUGAAAGCACUCCUGCUCAAACACAUCAACCUGUACGUGUUUUUCGCCGUGCUGGCGAUGUUCUCUAUUGGGCCGUUCCUCGAUUUCCGACAAACCUCCGUCGUGUGCCUGCUCACCUCCAUCUUGAUUUUCUUCGUUUGUUUGUUACUGCCGUCCAGUCCUAAGGAGCUGGUGCGGGCCAAUCAGACAGCUCGAGCUAGACGAAUGAUCGCCCAUCUGAAGCCCGAUGCAGACGUGGACAACGAACUGGGCAGGCUCAAAGGGGACUCGGGCGCCAAGGAGCAGGGAUUUGUGGAGAUUUUCAAGCGCCCGGCGCUGCUCAAUAGUUUUGGGGUUUUCGCAUUCUUGGUGUUUUGCCAACAGUGUUCAGGUGCUCCGGCUACUAUUAUCUACACGCAAAUUAUGUUCGAACGUUCACAUUGCCCACACGCGGUAUACAUAGCCAUAGUUUAUGCCGUUUUGUUCUUCUUUUCCAAUGUGAUCGGGAUAUUCCUGGUGCCGAAGUACAACAAGAGGACAGUAUUACUUUUUUCUAGUUGUAGUGUAGUGUUGCUAGUCAUAGCCAAGAUCUGUGUUAUACUGUUAAAAGUCAACGAAAAAUAUUGGAGUUAUAGCUCCGUUGCUGUGAUGUAUUUGUAUAUAGUCGUGCAUACAAUAGGGUUGGGCAGCAUUCCAGUUACUUUUAUUCCUGACUUCUUCCCUAAAGAAUAUCGCACUUCAGUCACGCACUUCUUUAUAAUGUUUCAUUCCAUUAUGGCGCUGGUGAUAACGAAAGUUUUUCAAGUAUUAAUGACAAUGUACAACAUAGGAAUAGGAUUUUGUUUGUUUUUAUGUGUGAGUGUUAUAGCUGUUAUUUUUAUCCAUUUUGUAUUACCAAAGAAGACUGAUGCCGUUAAUGCCGAUGCUUUUCUAAAAGAAUUACAGGAGUUACAGUAA